UAGCCUGCGGCAGUAGUUAGGAGCGGACUACAGAGAUCUGCACCGUCCCUGAUGCUGUAAGGCGUGCCGCGGCGCACCGGAGCCCCAUGUGAUACCGAAGGGAGGUGUUGGAGGUGGAGAAGGCGGGGGUGUCCUGAAAGAGUUAGCUGGUCCUCACACUUCACAUCACUCCAGAUCGAGGCCAUCCCGGGGCGGAGCUGCACUCCAUAGAGCUCGUCAUUUGGACGCUUUGGAUACUCGCUUGCUGAUACACAGUCGUGCCAUCUUGGAGGGUUGUUUUUGUUUUUGAGAGUGAAGUUCACCUUUGCGAUUGUUCGCCAUGGGAGCAGAGAGCUCAGUGCAGCGGGACGGGAAGAGCCAGGAGGAUGCCUCAGCUUCAGCGUCAGCCUCCGCCGGGGAGCUGAGCGCGGAGGUGAACGCGCUCCAGGAGGGAAGCAGCGUCCUUGACACCAAGCCUUUGGAGAAAAAUGGACAAAUCUCCAGCAUGACCAGUCUGAAUGGCCCUUCAGAGGACAACACGCUGGCAGAGGUUGGCCAGCCAGAUGGUGUGGCUCAGAAGGAAGAGGCUUCUGAGACCGUGGACGCCAUCCAGAGUGAAGUGGCUCCUCAAGUGAACGGUGAGAAAGUUGAGAAAGAGUCUCCUGAUGAGAUCUCUGCUGUGGAGGAGAAAGCGGCAGAGGAGAAACCCGACGAUGCUAAUGAAGUGGGCUUCAAGAAGAUCUUCCGCUUUGUGGGCUUCAAGUUCACGCUGAAGAAGGAUAAAAGUGAAGAGAAAGAUCCUGUGAAGCUUCUGACAGUCAAAGAUAAAGAGGGAGAGGAGGUGAGCGGGACUGAUGAGCCUGCAAAGGAGGAAGAGGCUGCCACUGUUGAGGAGAAGAGCACAACUGAAGACAAGGAGGCUGACACAGAGGCGUCUGCUGCUGAGGCCGAAGUCAUUAAAGAGGACAAAGCUGAAACCACUGAAGCACCAGCUGAUGGCACUGCAGCUGAAGCAACUGAUGAAGCAGUCAAGGAGGAAGGAGCGGAGAAGGAAGCAGAGACCGCCAUUUCUCCCUUUAGGAAGCUCUUCAGUGGAGGACUUUUCUCUAACCUGAGAAAGAAAGCCAGCAUCAAGAAGACAAAAGAGGAGGAAGAAAAGGAGGCAGCUGCUGAGGAGGAGACAGCUAAGACAGAAGAGAGUGCUGCUGUGGAAGAAAAGGAGGAGAAGGAAGAGGUGGAGCAAGAAACUAAGGAUGAGGAGGCACCAGCUACUCCAGAGGAAGUGAAAUCAGAGACUACGACUGAGCCAGAGGUCGCUGCUGAAUCCCCUGCUGCAUCAACUACUGAUGAGACCAAACAAGAAGAGGAAAAAGCUGAAGCUAGUGCAGAGGAGGAGAAGGCUCCAGCAGAAGUGACUUCAGAGGCUGAGGUGCUGUCAUCACAGGAGAAGGCUAAGCCUCAGGGAAGCCCCCUGAAGAAGCUUUUCACUGGAGCUGGCUUGAAGAAGCUCUCAACUAAGAAACAGAAAACCAAGAAAGACACUGAGACGAAGCUCACGGAGUCUGGGGAGCAGGCAGCCGAGCAGCUUCAAUCCUCCACUGAGUCAACAGAGGCUCCAAAAGCUGACAGCGUGCCCCCAUCUCCUGAGGAGUCAGGAGAGCAUGUUAUUGCAGUGGAGGGGACCCAGAUUGAGUCGAGCCAAGAGACUGAUGGUGAAGUUACCUCUGAUGGAGAGAAGAAAAAAGAGGGUAUCAUCGCCUGGUCCUCCUUCAAGAAACUAGUGACGCCCAAGAAGCGUGUGAAAAGGCCUUCUGAGAGCGACGAUGAAGCCACAGGUGAAAAACAAGCGAAGUCGGCCACCUUGUCCUCCUCUGAGAGUGCCCCUUUAGCAGAUAAGAGUGUUGAAGAAGAGAAUAAGGAGGAGAAGCCAGCUGAGGAAGAGCCAAAGACUGAAAACACAGAGAAACUGAUGAGCAGCACUGAGGAGCCCAAAAAGAAAAUGGACACCUCUGUCUCCUGGGAAGCUCUAAUGUGUAUGGGUGGACCCAAAAAGAGGACCAGGAAGACUUCUGAUUCUGACGAUGAGGAGACCAAGGCUGAAGAGGAGCCGGCAGCGGUAGAAGGGGAGCAGGACGGUAAAACUGAGGCUGUCAUUGUGAGUUCCCAAAAUACUGAGAGUGAUGGAGAAGUUGUCUCCUCCCCUGAGAGAGAGUCCACCUGGGACACCCUGAAACGCAUGGUAAUGCCAAAGACUAAGGCUAAAAGUGAGGACAAGCCAGAGGAGAGUGCAGAACAAGUCCAGUCAGACAGUGAGAUACCAAAAGAUGAGUCGUCAUUCUCUCUGAGGAAGCUCUUCCCUGGACGCAGAAAGAAGAAGGUUGACAAACAGGCCUCCACUGAACAGGGUUCAGGCGAGGAGGACUCUGACACCCCAGCUGUGGUUCCUCUCUCUGAGUAUGAGGAGUCAGGUGAAUCUGCUGAGCCAGAAGCACCAACACAACCUGUCGAAAUCCAGAUUAAAGUGACCAGUGAUGAUAGAUCCCCUUCAUGGAUCCCAGCCAUUGUCGAAGACGGUGAGGAUAAACACGAUCAGCUGAGCGACAUUCCAGAGGAGGCCGAGAAUGCUGCCACGCCAAAGUCCAUUGACACUGACAUUGCAGAUGAUGAAACUGAGGACAAGGAUAGUCUGUCUCCAAAACCUCUGGGUCGCACAGGGCGCAGACUUUCCACAGCUGAGGUGAUGCCUGUCACUCCAGCUCCGUCUGCAGAAACCACUCCUGUUCCUCAGGGACCUAAGCAAGAGAGCGCAGAGGAGGUUAUGCAAGGCAUCGAGGCCCAAAUCAGUGAAAUACCAACCCAAACAAAUGUCACUGUUGAAGAUGUUCCAAUAGAGGAAGCCUCUCUGAAAAUAGAGUAUGAACCACCAACUGAGAACGCAGAGGCCACGACAAACGACAUCCUGGAGCCACACGCCCAUGACGAGGCCAUGAGGAUCUGCACUGGCCUUGGAACCAAGGAGAUUGCCAAAGUAGCAAUGGAGAAACCAGCAGUGUCCAUCAUUGAGCCUGUGGCCGUGAUCCGUGAUGCUGUAGGCACAGAGGUGCCAAUAGAAGUGAAGCCAGCAAGCACAGAGGAAGUCACUUUUGCAGAAAAUACAGUGCUCACUGCUCAAGUGCACCAAGUGGACACCACCAAGCUUGAGACUGUUGUUGAGAAUUCCCAAAGUGACAUGACAGAUAUUCAAACCGCCAGUAAGAGCUACGAACCCAUGAUUGAGCAGGUUGGAAUUGUCAGCACUGAUCCUAAGGAGACCGAAAUCGUCCAGGCUACCACCACAACUGAGAACUCUCCAAAAGCUGUUAUAGUGGAUCCCAUUACACCAACAUCCGAAACAGCUGUUUGCACCCAGACCGUAGAAGUCCGUGAGGUUUCUGUAGAGACCAAGGAAGUGAAAAUCGAGCUGGAGCAGCUUGCUGCCACUGAAGAAAACACUGCAGAAGAGGUGGUUCAGUAUGUGACUGAAGAUAUAUCCUCCACCAUGUGUGAAAUCGCACAGGCCACUGUAACAGAGCAGACUGAACCAGAAGCUGUAUCAAGUGAGGAGGCUCCCAUUAUCACCGAAGCAGUGGUCCUUGUGGCCUCGGCCAGCGUGGAAACAUCCAACACAGUGAUCAAGGAGACUGAAUCAGAGCCAGUCUGUGAUGAACCAAUCCAAGUGGAGGAAACCAAGGAGGAGGAUACAGCUGAAGAGACUGUGGUGGUCACCACUGUUCAGACAACAGAGUCGGAGAUCAGUGAAGUCACUGAGAAGGUGGAGAAGACUGAGGAAGUCAAGGAGGAUGUCCAGGAAACCACCGCAAUUGAGGCUCAGAGCAUGGUCAUUGCUCAAUCUGUCAUUCAGGACGCCAUGGACAAAGUUUCAGAGGACACGCCUGAAUCUAAAAAGCCCACCACCCCAACACCAGUCCAGGCUGUAGCAACAACAGAGAAGGAAAUUGAGGUCUCAGCAGAGUCCCCAGUUAUCACUGAGACCCCUGUCCCCAUCUUGUGUGAACAACCAGCACCAAAGUCACCUCAGCUGCUCCAUGUCGCAACGGAGGUCAUCGACACAAUCCCGGUGGAAAUCACAGAGUGCCUUGACCACUCUGUAGAGGAGGAGAAGAAACCAGAAGAAGGGUUGAAGAAAGCUGUGGAGGUUACCGCAAGUGAAGAGACUGUUGAAGUGGAAGAAGUGGUGGAGAUAAAGGCAGAGAGUGAGGAGCAGGUCGAGGAGGAACAGAGCAAAGAAGAUGCAGAGGUUCAGGAACCAGAUGUAAAAGAAGCAGCUGAAGAAGUUAAACCAGAAUUGGAGGAAGAAAAGUCAGAAGCUCCUUCAGAGCAAGUGCUUGAGACUCACACGCCAGUCCAAGUGGUCCUGCAGGUGGCGCAGGUGGUCGAGGAGUUUGUGGAAGAAGAAGCCUUGGAGGAGUUUGACACCAACGGCCCCGUGGCUGAAGACACCAGCGUGAAAGUAAAAGCAGAGACCUCCCAAAAGAAACUGUCAGCGGUGUCAGAAGAACCUCAAGCAACGGCUUCAGCAGAGGCUUCAGCUCCCAGCCAGCUCACAGAGGAGGAGAAGGCAGAAGCACCGUCGGGAAAGUGUGCGGAGGUGAUGGCACAGGUGAUUGAGGUGAUCGAGGAGGCUGUGAAAGAGAUCGAGCCUGUGUCCACAGAGAUCACAGCAGCAUCAUGAGCAGCUGAAGAUACAAGACUGAUGCCUGGGAGACGCACCGUCUGGACCAGGAAGUGAGUGAUGAGGGAGAGAGAGAGAUAGAGAAAGAGGCUGCUCUGUGGUAACACACUGAGACUGGGCUCCACCCAUCCCGCCCAGAGAGACUGAGUGACUGAGCAACAGCUCCGCCAUUCUCUCCACCUCCCCUUCCACCUGUACUCCCACCCCCAUCCUGCAGCCCCGGUCACCGCAACGUGACGUCCCAACCACCGCCGCAUCCUCACCCACUCACUCACUCUCAUACACACACACACUAAAGCAUGUCCUGUGCCUCAGAAGCAUCCCACCGUGUGAUGUAUGUUCAGUGUCUCGGUGACUUUUCCAUUGCCCUUGCUGCAUCAGACGAGAGUCCGCUACCUGGUCGAGUGCAAAUCUGUUCGUGUGUGUGUGAGCGUGUGUUUGUAUGUGUAUAGUAGGGAGAGUGAGAUGGUGUCAGAAGGUGAAGAGAUGGAGGAUUAUUAUCGUGUAUAUUGUAUUUAUAUCUUGAGUAUCCUUUAAUUCACCCCUAAGUCUUUAUUUUGUUAUUAUUGUGUUGUUGUUUGUACAUUGAUGCCUUGUUGUUUUUAAACUCUCACAUUAAGCUGUGAUACAUCAGGUAUUCUUUUGAGCAACAUUAUGACAGUAAAUCUAACAGCUGAUUUGGUGAAACAUCUGAAAAAUUUCCAUCAAAAUGUCCCCCGAACAAAUGUGCAUAAAAGUGACCGAUGUAUCACAGCUUUUAAUUGUCAUAUUCAAUAAUUAUUUCAACUAAACCAUGGUACAAGUGUGAUUCCACUGACAGUAAGUGAUAACACUGACUGAAGAAAACAACCAGAAGGCAGAGAGUUUGACGAUAUCUGCUAGAAAUGCUCUUGUCACAAUGUGUUCUCACUUUGCACCCAAACAACAUAAGCUUGUGUAGAUAAGACAAACAAUCACUGCCUGAUUUACUGUGAAAAAUAAACAUUGUUACGCAUUGUUUUAAUGUAAUAAUACAAUAAAGAACUAUUAUAACACCCUCAUUUGAUCAUGUGGCAGAGGCGUUUGGUAGUGAUGUGCGAAGGCCGAUUUAACACUGGAAGACAAGCGCAUGUAAGAAACACGAAGCAUAUCAGUGUUUAAUGGCCAUGUUUUUGAAUUACUGUGUACUGUAUGUAUCAUUUGUGUGCAAAGACAGUAUGUUAAUGCCCUCUGUUGCCUACAAAAAGUAGUGCACACUUAAGUCAUCGGUGUAAUUUCGGUUUUGACUGUAUGUUUUAAGUGUGAAAAUGUUAAAUCCAGUCAUGUGGUGCCUGCCUUCACAUUGUGUUCUUCACUCAGCGCGAUGGCUCAGGUUUAUUAAACUGGCACUGGGAUUUAGAGAGGCGCAGACAUCGACUGCAUGGUACCAGAAAUAAAAAUCAAAUCUCAUUUUGCUCUUAAUUUAAAAGCCAAAUUGAGUUAGGAUCAAUCAGGGAGUCAUGGAUUUUCCAUUGCUCACAGGAUGAGACAUCAGUUGCAUCCAAUUAAAUUCCUACUCAGCUGCUUUGAGUCAUGCAUCAAACCUAAGUCAUGGGGUCAGGGCUUCAUUGUGAGAGGUCCUGAACAAAGUGGGAGAUGUUUUAGGUUGGAGGAAUAUCCGAAACAUUCCUAAAGACUAGUUAUAUCCACCAAAGCAAAAGUGUGACUACAGUAUUUGUUUGCAUCCUACCAAAUUUGGCAAAGUUGCACUGUGUCAAUCAUGCAGACGUAUUGAUAAAUAACUGUGAGUGCUUCUAUGAUUGAUUUUUAAUUUGACACAAGCAGCUCACAUUUCACUCAGCUUUAUGACCAAACAAUAGAAAGAUCAGGAAGUUCGGACCCCUGUUAGGUCACCACUUCCCUUUAUUUUGACUUUAGAGGGUGUGUCACAUCCACACUUGCUUUAUGUAAAAAAUGAAUGAUUUUAAAAAAGACAGUGUGAGCUAAAGACUUGUGCUAUUGUUGCAUAAUUUAAAGCAUUUAGUCGGGGCACCUGCCCACUUCAGUCCUCCCUGCUUUUUGUAACACACUUAACUGUGAACCUGUUAACAUUUGUACAGAUUGUAUACCUACUGUAUGUACUUAAAAAUCAUAUUGUUGUAAUAUUAACUAAUAACCCGCAGCCAUUUAGCAUAAUAUUCAUGUAGCAUGGACUUAAUGGUCUUUUAUAUUUUCCAAGCUGUUAAUAGUAAGGAUACAGAAACUUGUCUAUAUUUCAUUCAAUAAAGGUAGAGAAAAUCUG